GCCGCAUUAACAAUGGAACUUUUAUUUUCAGUGUAAACUUACAAAAAGCAUUACAAGUCAACCGUGCGGUUGCUGCUUUUCAUCACAAAAAACGCCAAAAAAAAAAAGAAAAAUUCUACUCUUUUUACAAAAAAAAAAAAAAAAAAAAAAAAAUAAGAAGAAAACAUUAAAUUAAUCCGAACGGAUUAUGUUUGUGUAUGAUUCUUGCAUAUAUAAAUAAGAAAUAAAAAUGUGUAUAUUUUUGUUCUUUCGGAAAUGUGAAGAACAAGUUUUCCAAUCUUAAAAAUCUUAACGUCCUUUACCAGGCGGUAUCCUAAGUUCAUCGAAAAUCAUGUGACAUGCUUAAGACUCCAAUCCUAGAGAAACCUAAUAAAAGAUUUCGUGGUUUGUUGACAAACAUGGAAGACUGGGUGCAUAAAAUAUUUAGCUAAAGAGGGAUGAGUUCUAAGCUAUGCUUGUUAAUACGAUUUUUUUAAAUCAGCAAGUUCAUUACGCUAACUGUUGAAUCGAACGCCUUCAAAGUAUACAUUCACUGACGGAAGACUGGCAUGUAGCCCUCUCGUUGUUUUCAUUCGCAAGUAGAACGAAUAGAAAUAUGCGUUAGAUUGAAGAAGACUCUAAAACCAAAGAUGUCCAACUGUGGUUUGCUUUGUUCCCAAGAUCGUGCCACUAUACCUCUUUUUUUUUUUAAUCACAAAUUACUCAUGUGAUGCGUGGUGCACGUGUAACACGCUGGUGAUCAGAAAUUAGUGGGGAAAGAGAGAGGGAAUGGCUGAUUGCGCGCCGAUUCGCUACAGAGUGAUUUUAAUUUUGGCUUUCUUACGACCAAAAGGAUGUCUUCGGCACAAUUCAAACUUAUUUGUCGGCAUAAAAUUUUAAAAAACAAAGUUUCUUCCACAUAUAGAGAAGUGUGUGUAUGGAUUAUUGUCGAUACUGAAAUUGUACAGUGCGGGUACGUGAUGAUGUUAACACUGACACAUAAUGAUAAUAAAAUGAAGCGCCACAAUCCAUUGCCCUAUAAGUGCGAUACGCUGUGAAAAAGAAUUAGAGAUAUUUUGCCUUUCUUCCCUAAGAAAAAUUUGCGAGAAAAAAAAUUAGCCGAAUUUUUGUUAUUAUGUUUACUUAAAAAGCAUACAAAUCAAAAGCCGAAAAGCAUCAGCAAUAAUAGAAUUAGUUAUGUUGAAUACUACCGGCAAUCAGCAGCAACAAUCACAACAACAACACCAGCAGCAACAACAACAACAACAACAACAACAACAAACAACGCAUCAUCUCAUCAAUUUCAGUACGCAGCAUUACGAUGCAAAUUUGAAUUUUGCUACAUUUGCUGAACUAUGUCGACUAUGCUCGAUACGUAAUGGUCCCGCCAAAAUUCACUUAUUUGAAAAAGAAGCUGAACAACGUAAUUUGAUCUACAAAUUGCGCUUACUGAUGCCGGUUAAUAUAGCUAAAGAGGAUUUUUUACCUAAGAAUAUUUGUGAACAUUGCGUGCAAAGAGUGGAAGGUUUAUACGAGUGGCGGCAAGCGAGCAUACAAAACGAAAAUAUUUUAAGAAAUUAUGCCGAUUCGAUGAGAGCUGUUACCGCCACCAUUAAUUUUCAAGACGGCACAGUGAAUAUGGAUAAAAUGACGGUAGCGCAGAAAAAUGCAUACUUGGAGGCGCAUAUGGCUGUUCAACAGCAAAUGGCUCAGGCGGCUAUACAAUUUAAGCAACAGCAGCAACAACAGCAACAGCAACAGCAACCUUGUAAUACCAAUACAAUUGUAAGUGAUUAUCAACAACAGAAUUCACCUAAUGCACAUAAUAACAAUAAUAAUAAUAAUAAUAAUAACAAUAAUAGCAAUGCAAGUCAACAACAACAGCAACAACAAUUGCAACAACACUAUGCCAGUACUAUUAAGGUACCACAAAUCAGUUCCUCAAGCUCAGCCGGUAAUGAGAGCACGUUUACGGUACCCGACGAUGUGGGUAUGGGCUUUGAAGGCGGCGUUCGUGUGCUGCAAAGUCUGGGCAGUUGGUCAUCGGAUAAUGUUACCUAUAAUAUACCUAAACCGAAUUUGAUACCGUUUACCGAACCAUAUGUUGAGGGUGGCUCUAUGCAUCCGGCCAGUCGUUUAAAAGCACUCCAACAGGUACAACAGGCAUCGUCGGGGGUUCGAAAAACAAAUCCUUCAAAAAGUACGAAUAAAGCAUUCGAGUGCAGUGUUUGCGGCAAAGGUCUGGCGCGAAAGGACAAACUUACCAUACAUAUGCGUAUACAUACCGGCGAGAAGCCUUAUAUUUGUGAAGUAUGUAAUAAAGCUUUUGCUCGACGCGAUAAACUUGUCAUUCAUAUGAACAAAUUUAAACAUGUUACGCCUACAAAUAUUGCUCCGCUUGGUAAACGUCUUAACAAUUUGGUUAAGAAGAAAGAACCUGAACCCGAAGACAAUAAACAAAAUUUAGAAUUACAAUUACAACAACAGGCCGUUCAGGUAGCUACGCAAAAUAUAAUCGUCCAAACUGCGGGAACUCAGCAUAAUGCGACUGGACAAACCACCGCUAUACCCGGUAUUAUUAUACCACAUCAUCAUCAACAGCAAUUAUCAUGGACUUGCGAAUUAUGUGGACGUAUGUUCAAUAAUCGAGACGAGUGGACAUUGCACGCCAAAAGUCAUCUGGAGUAUUGACACCAGGAACAAAUGAACGAGCAAAACAAAACAAGCAACAAAACGACGGUUAUCGCCAGUCAGGGUGACUAUCAAUUGGAACCGAG